AUGGAUUUCACGAGACAAUUGGCACUCGAAAGGACUAUCGACACCACAAUUACCAAUAAGAUGAAUGUCGCCAGAAUUGGUGCGAUCUUCACGGAGGAUCAAAAGGACAGCCAAACGGAGUUAGCCUUCAAAUACGCGGUCUAUCGGAUCAAUAGGGAUAAGAAUCUGUUACCCAAUACUACACUGAUAUAUGACAUUCAGGUCAGUCCUAACACCGCAUACUGGUGCUUAAUAGAGAUUACUAGAAGUUUAUUGAUUGCCAUACAAAUGGAUUAA